AUGAAUCCCUUCAAGGAUAUUAAGCUGAGAAUAAAGCAGGCCCUCAAGGAAAGGAGAAAGAGCAUUAGCCACACAAUGGUGGAUGGACUCACCCUCCAGGUUUCUUUAAGAGAUACAUUAUCUUCAAAUGACAGAGAAGUGUCCGAAAAGACAACUAUGGAGCAGGAUACUAUAAACAAUUUCAAUAGUUCUCUUCAGAUUAAUGCUUCUGAUAAUGAUACAAGAAAUUGUAGACUCAAGAGGAUAAGAAGAACAAUGUCUACAAAUGAGUCGCUAGAUAGAUAUACUCAAUUAAGGAUUUCCUCUCUAUCUGAUCUUGAGUCCUUUUGCUUCCUUCUAGAUGAGGUGUCUCGCGAUGCCCUUUCUUCAGAGAUGCCAAUUAGUAGUAUCUUAGAUUAUGAUGCAAACAAGGAAAGUGAUGCACAUAAUGAACCAAAAUCAAUUAGUUUUCCUGAAGAUAUAGAUAAAUUUGAACAAGUAGAAGCUGUUCUAGGGGCUGACUUACAGGAAAAAUUGACAGAUGGGAAACCAUGCGACUCCAAUGAAGAUACAAAAAUUGAUCCAUGCAUAUUGUUGGAGGAGUGGCUGCUAAUUGUUUUGGCUAAACUGCGUACCUUCUUAAAAGACCGCAUAAACCAUGAAAGUGUUGAAUAUGAAAUCAUGGGAAUCAGCAGUCGCUUCCUAAUCUUUGAAUCAGAUAAAAACGCCGUUCCUUGCUACAAUUAUGUUAGAGAUAUUCUUGAGCUCUCAGGUUUCAUACAAAAUGAGUACCUCCAAACAUGGUACUCAACGGACCAACCACUGAACCCUUCAUUGUUCAAGGAAUUGGAGACAUUUUUGCACCCUGAACUAGAAAGUUGGAAUCAACUGUGA